ACGCGAAGGAGUGAUAAAUACCAGGCGUCGGAGUCAGACAGGAAAUGAUUGGAGAAUAUGAAAGUUUGCUUUAAAAUGAUCAACCCUGACCGAAAAUAGAUACAGUAUCAUUUGGGAGUACCUCCGAGAGGCCAGCUGCAGAGACCAGUCACUACUCUCUGUUGAAGCUCCGUGCAGUGUUGAGUUGUUAGGCAUUGCUGUGGAAUACGCUGAUGUGAGAGAGUCAGCCCAGGACGCUGUAAAAGACAUACUAAGGCAGCAGAGGAGACAGGUACAAGGACCUAUCGAGUAACAUCAGUACCAUACUAGACGAAAACAACUACCACCAACAGUCACAGCAGAGAUGGAGAUAACUACAACUUUUCUCCUCUCCACACUCUGUACAUUCCUGAUGUCCUGUGUUGGACAAGAUACCUCAAUGGCGCUUCCGGAGUUUGUGACUCAUCCCCAGGAAUAUUCGUAUAUCGUGAAACACAAGCCCGUCACUCUCACAUGUGAGGCCUACGAUGCAAUGGAAAUUACCUUUAACUGCCUGGGAAUGAAAAUGGAUACCGAACGCACGAAGACAUAUGAAAGCUUUGAGCCUGAAUCGGGCCGGAUUUUAGUAAAGGCUACCUUCGACGUCACCCAGAAUGACGUCAGAGGCUUGGAGGAUUACUGGUGCGAGUGCCAGGCCUGGAAUGGUCUGGUUGAAGGUGGAGAGGCAGCAGACCAGUUCACCCUCAGCCGGAGAGGCUUUGUCAUGACCCCAUAUUUAGGAAAAUAUUUUGGGGAAGAGCCCCAAAGUCAGUCUGUUGAAGAAGAUUCUUCUGUUGAGUUGAUCUGCGUAGCCCCUGAAGGUCACCCAGAGCCUAAGAUCAUAUGGAAAAAGAACGGCCAUCACCUUCACCCUAACAAGGAUGACAACUUGCUGAUCACAGAGUCACGGUCACUGGUCAUACAGAACUUCCAGAUGACCGAUGAAGGAGAUUAUUCUUGUGUUGCUAAGAAUUUGGCUGGCAAAGUUGAGAGCAGCAUUGCUACACUUACACUUCAAGACUACAUUGUAGCAGCAGAGACGAAUCUGAUGAUGGCUGAUGAGGCUGACGAGUCUACCUUCCUCCAGAUCCCAGAGAAAGAGUACUACACAACAAAGGAUACACCAGCAGCCAUUACUUGUGCUGUCAAAGGAGCAGAGUUUCUGGAAUUCAGAUGUAAUAAUGGACGAAUUGACGAGAAGCUGAUAGAAAAAGAUGUAACGAACCCUCGUGGAGGCCCUGAGAGAAAGAUCAAGUCUAUUUAUCGAGUACCAGCGGAGACUGUUAUCAGUGCCGGAGAUUAUUCCUGCAUCUGUUAUGCUUGGUUCAUGACAGAUGCUGGCUGGUCAGGCACAGAAACCAAGCCUGGAAUAGUAAAGUUGGCAGAGAUUGAUGAACGGUUUGUCUCUGAGCUUGAGGACAUGACUGUGGCGCCAGGUUCAACUGUUACAUUCCGAUGCCAGCCACCCAGGGGAACCCCAGCACCCAAGGUCAUCUGGGCACUGAACAACCAACAGCUUGCUGAGAGCGCCUCUGUAGAGAUAUCUGGCAAUACUCUCAUGAUUAAACAAGUCGACUCCAGAUACGAGGGUCAGAUUAGCUGUGUGGCCCAGAACAUUGCGGGAACCCAGAGAUCAACGGCAGUCUUGAGAUUGUCAGAGGAUGCUGAGAUGGUUGACAGCAGUAAAGAAACUACUGACUUCCCGACCACCCUGAUGACCAGUACCAGUCCUGCUCCUCCAGGGUCAUCUUACUUCAGCCAAGACCUGGAAGAUGUCUACUACGCAGCAAGACGACAACCUGCCGAACUUGUGUGCACCUACAUCGGUGCCAAUCUCCUCACUGUCCGCUGUAACGGGAACCGUCUAGCCGCAAACCGUGUUACUACUCAGGAAGAUGUUAUCAACGGUCAGAAAAGCAUUACCGGCAUUGUCAAUAUCCGACUGCAGGAAAUACGAGAGACUUCUGGAGAAUUCUACUGUAUGUGUCUGGCAUGGACAGCCAAGGACGGUGCCUGGAAAACCAUCGAAGGAAGUAGAUCAGUAAUCAGGGAAGCAUUCUUGGAAAAAGCUUUCAUGGUUGUGCCGCAAGACAUUGAAGUAAUGGCUGGACGCACAGCCGUGUUUGACUGUGUACCCCCUCUUGGGGCCUGAUCCCCAGGUAUACUGGACCAAAGAUGGCCAGAGGGUAGAUACAUCCAAUGAGAACUACGAGCUUGUUGCCGAUGGUAGUCUGACAAUCUUCACUGUGCGGGAUGAAGAUGUCGGUGCC